GUAGCGGUGCCCUCGAACGGCAGCGGUGACCGCGAAGACAGCGGUGACCGACCGCGGAGAAGGCGGCGGCGGCGGCGGGCUAGCGGUUAGAGGUGGGGCCGCCUCCUCAGAGCGGCCCGGGACUGGAGUCAGACUUGGUUGGAGUCGGCCGGCGCUUCCCACCAUGGGUUUGUCUGCAUCUACCCCUGCUGUUGCAGUUCAGACCGCAAAUGCAUCAGAUCGCCAGACAGCAUCCCCGCCUUCAGGAUGUCCCAUGCAUGAAGGGAAAAUGAAAGGCUGUUCAGUGAGUGCAGAGCCAUCUGUCCCAACUGGUGAGAACAGAAUGAGCUCCGUGCCUGCGCACCAAGACCGUGCGUAUGAGUACGUGGAAUGCCCUGUUACGGGCGCUGCGGUCGACAGGAAGGAGAACCUGGACCCUUCUAAUCUGAUGCCGCCGCCUAACCAGAUGCCGGCCCCCGAUCAGCCAUUUGCGCUGUCCACGGUGAGAGAGGAGUCAUCCAUUCCGCGAGCAGAUUCGGAGAAAAAGUGGGUUUAUCCUUCCGAACAGAUGUUCUGGAACGCAAUGCUACGGAAAGGGUUCUCCCCCAUGUCCUUGCCCAGGUGGAAGUGGAAGGACGACGACAUUAGUCAGAAAGACAUGUAUAACAUCAUCAGAAUCCACAAUCAGAAUAACGAGCAAGCCUGGAAGGAGAUUUUGAAGUGGGAAGCCCUUCAUGCUGCGGAGUGUCCUUGUGGUCCAUCAUUGAUCCGGUUCGGAGGUAAAGCGAAAGAGUACUCACCAAGGGCGAGAAUUCGUUCCUGGAUGGGGUAUGAGUUGCCUUUCGACAGGCACGACUGGAUCGUCAACCGCUGUGGGACGGAGGUCCGGUACGUCAUCGACUACUACGACGGCGGCGAGGUCAACCAGGAGUACCAGUUCACCAUCCUGGACGUCCGGCCCGCCUUGGAUUCGCUUUCGGCCGUGUGGGACAGGAUGAAGGUGGCGUGGUGGCGCUGGACCUCGUAACCAGCGCUCUGCCAACAGUGGCAGAACACGGGCUAUUUUUUUUUCCUGAGCAAUACAUUAAACUCUUUGCCGCACACCGAGCUGCUCUGGUGGCGUAAUGGAAAUGGCAAGUGGGUCGUGACACCGUAUGCCUAGUCAGGGUCCCACACACCGUGUUCUUUUGUUUCCCCCUUGCGGUUUGUGGCAGAUCGUUCUAGGUUUCCUUCCCGCUCGGCCCCAGUGGGAAGCAGUCCCUUGGUUUUUCCUUUUGCUGCAGUGUUGCCCGUGUAUUUAAUCUAGAAAAGUGAACAACCUCUGGGAAAGAAUUUUUCUUAAAAUUUGAAGAGUCGCUUUUUUCCUCACCAUUCCUCAUGAAAACGUGAGACGGAGCCCUGAAAGCCGGGCGGUGCUGAGUUUUUUUUAUCUGGCCCGGUGUUCAAUCCUCCUCUUUAUACCUCGGGCGUGCUGCUCUGGAGACAGCCACCAGCAUUCCGUCGUCCGCACGGUACGGUAGUGUGCCCUGGGCACAGCGCGGAUGCCGGCAAGGUGGCACUUGUGACGGCUGCUCGGGCCGGGCCUCGUCUGAAAACAGUUUCACUUCCCGCAUGAUUUGAUGAUGUGCCUGCAUAGGUAUAGAUGUUCUCACUUUUGAAAUAUGUUCAUUUUGAGCCCUGCCAUCCUGUUCCGGGACUCUGCUCCAAGCAGGUCUCAUCGCCCGCGACAUUUGACAAGUCCUCCCCUCUCUGAGUCCCAUUUCCCCUCCUGCCUGAAGCCCGCCCUCGGGUCAGCCUAACCUGAACCUUGGAGGUUUGGCGCCAGUCACGGCACCAGCACGGUCGUCUCAAAGACAGGAUCCUGUCCGGCUGAGGGUUAGAAUUCACAAGAAGAGUAUUUUCCCGGUUACGGGAUGUUUGCAUCAACUCACUGGGAGAUGGUUUUGGAAGGGCGCUGCAAGUUUGCCGCUGAAAUGCUUUCUGCCGGGGUUUCAUAAACGGGCUGUUCCGCAUAGAGCAGCACAUUACUGCGGGCUUUCCUCGUAAGGGUUGGCAAUAUUAACCCAUUUGGUGUCCGUUGAAUCUGUAACAUUAAGUUGGUAGAAGGACUCGUGUGAUUGGGGGUUUUCUCUCGUGUCGGUAUUGUGUGUGUGGCGUUUUCAAAAUCUGGUAACUUUCAACUCUUCUACCUGUCAAAACACUGAUAUAUUUUAAAAUAAAAUAAAGCUGAUAGUUAACCGGU